GGGCGCUGACCUCUGAGCCCUCGUCAGUGGACAGCGGCGGCUGCUCGGUCCGUUUGUGAUCCUUGGUCCUCCAAACACCGCCUUUUUCACGGUUUUUUUUCGCAUGAUUUUGAAUGCCGGAAAUGAUCGCGGUUAUAUAUACUCGUACAAAAUCCAAAGCAUUCUUUACCUGUUGAUUGAGGGUAAUGGCUUGGUUGGGGACAUAUUUGAUAUUCGGUUUCGUUUUGAUUUCUUGGUUAGGACGCAGAAUAAACUCUUCUGUAAGGUGUUCUUUGCAGCGAGUAGUGAUUUAGAUAGAUUCGGAUCUGUAGCUGUUGUUCGAAUUCGAAUAUUUUUUUUAUUGUUUGUUUUUUAUUCGCGCCCUUUUACACCACGGACGGGACGGCUUUAUUCCAAAUGCACGGUGUUUCCUGUAGAUUAAUCGAGCUUUUUAUCUGAAAAUGAAGUUUUCAGAGGAGUUGAAAAUUACCUGCAUAAAUUCGUCUGAUGGUUUCUCAAAAGCAAAAAAGAAUCGAUUUCUCAAAAAACAAAAAGGAAUGGUGGAAGGGGAGCUUGAGUGGUUGGGAUAUUGGAGCAUUGUUCAUUUACCGUCUUUGCUUUUGGUUCUAAACUUUGUUUGCAGUUUAGGCCAGGGGAGAUUCUUUCCUGUGAUCCUUUGGCUAACUUUUGUACCUUUCUUUGUAUUGAUCUGUUUUUAUUCGACGAAUGGUAUCAUGUUGCUCCUUUCUUGAACCUGAUGUGCUUGUGCUGUCAAGCAAUUGGUUGGACCUAAGUGUAGCUGUCUAUUCCAUUUUUUAAGAUCUGUCAUAAUCAAUUAUCAAUUUCUCUUUAGUUUCAUUGGUAAGCAACUGGUAAGAAAAAUUGAUUCUAUUACACAUUAGGUUGCGAUCCUUAUCUCAUAAGUUGAGUAUAGCAGUGAUAGAGCGUGAAAUUGACCUAUGGAUGGCUCACACAAUUUUUAGGCCUAGCUAACAUAUGUAGGUUGCUGUCUUGUGAGUAUUAAAGAAUAUCUGUACACUUUAGUUUAUCACAAGUCAAAGAAGUAAUGGCAGCCUCUCUCUAAUUUGCAUUGCGAAUCAUGUUCUUCAGAAGACAAUAAAAAGACUUUAUGCCUAUAGAUUCUCAGAAUGAUGCUACCGAUAGCUAAUAUUCAAGGCAAAAAGAGUUUUGAUUCAAGUGAAAGCAUCUUCUGUGGGGUGUUUGAUGGCCAUGGGCCAUACGGUCAUUUUGUUGCCAAGAAAGUUAGAGAUUCACUUCCUGUCAAGUUGCGCACACAAUGGCAAACUAGUGCUAAUGGGGGCUCUAGUCCUCAUCAAAAUGGAAGCAUCUCUGGAAGUAUCAACUCCGAAGAAACAGGUUCUAUUGUUGAUGAUGAAUGGGGUGAUGGUGACGACACUGAAAAGCUUCCUGAGAUGUUUCUUCCACUUAAGAAAUCUUACCUGAAAGCUUUCAAAUUGAUGGACAAGGAACUCAAGCUGCAUCCCACAGUUGACUGUUUCUGCAGUGGAUCUACGGCAGUAACAUUGGUGAAACAGGGAUUGGACCUUGUAAUUGGAAAUCUUGGGGACUCAAGAGCAAUUAUGGGGACAAGAGACGCCUCUAACAAUCUAACUGCUCUUCAACUCACAGUUGAUUUGAAGCCUAACCUUCCCAGGGAAGCUGCGAGGAUACAACAAUGUAAAGGACGAGUUUUUGCUCUUCAGGAUGAACCAGAAGUUGCCAGAGUAUGGUUGCCAAAUAACGACUCUCCUGGAUUGGCAAUGGCAAGAGCUUUCGGAGACUUCUGCCUUAAAGAUUAUGGUUUAAUAUCUGUUCCAGAGAUAUCGUAUCGCCGCCUUACUGAAAAGGAUGAAUUUAUAAUACUAGCCACCGAUGGGGUGUGGGAUGUUCUCUCAAAUAAGGAGGCUGUUGACAUAGUAGCAUCAGCCCCAUCUCGGGCAACGGCAGCCAGGGCUCUUGUUGACUGUGCUGUCAGAUCGUGGAGGUUGAAGUUCCCAACAUCCAAGAGUGAUGACUGUGCUGUUGUCUGCUUAUUCUUGGAUCAUGAGAAGUCAGCUGACUUGGUUCAAGAGAGUGAACCCAGUGUGGAGACAGCAGAACCCACCGGGGAGGAGGUUUCCACACAGGAUGCCAGUGCAGAGGUCGAUGAAGAAAUUGCAGAUGCUAGUGUACAUGUAUCCAGUGCAGAGCACAGUGCCGAGGCCACAUUGGAACACUCCACCACAUUAAGGGAGGUCGAUGAGAUUGUACCGGUCGACGAAACACCCAUCUUGAAGGAGCCUGAAAGGUGUGGGUCUGCUCGCAGCCUGGCAGAUUGCAUAUCGACAAACGAGGAAGAGGAAUGGUCCGCGCUCGAAGGUGUGACGCGGGUGAAUUCCCUCCUGAACCUCCCCAGAAUACUGUCUGGCGACAAGAGAUCGACCAGCUGGAGGAAGCGGCGGUGAGGAAGCUCCCCUAGAAUUCUUCACCAGGUGGGGGUUCUUGCAGAGGGACGGCUCAACCCAGUACUGGCAUUUUUUGCCAGGCGCGUGUAAAAUCCUUCAGUCUUUGGGAAUUUGUUCCAGCUGAUUUUUAGGCUUACUCCGAUUGUUUUGACGGCAGGCGCGUGCGUUCCAGAUUCUUUGUUCAUUCUUGUGCCUUUUGCCGGGAGGUGUUCCAUGCUUGGGCUUCUCUGUGUCAGUUUGUGCAUAACAAAGUUUUUGUUCUGUGAGAAUGAAGGACCGAAAAGGCAACUAGGGGGUUGAAUGUUUGCCUUAAAUUUCUUUCGAAAUAUUUGACCACUGUUCCAAGUUCAAA